UUCAAGGAAGCAAUUGGUAAGCCUAUUCUUUGUAUAACAAGUUUCCUCCUUUCUUUUCUGAAUUGCAGAUAUAGAUGGGAGAAAGAGAAGAAGAAGCAGCAGCUUAGAUUCAUAUACUUUCUCCUUCCAUUUUAUCUAAUGGACUCCAAUUCAUUUCAUUUCUUCAAACCGCCAUCAAUGGCUGCUUCACUUUCUCUUCUGCUUCUGAUUCUUAUUCUGCUAAGCACUUGCAGCUGGUUUUUCUUCUCCUCAACAUCCCUCACUUUGUUGUCUUUUGCACUUACCGCCUCUUUCCCCUUCAUCUUCUCAAAACUAAAACAGAAAAUGAAGCCAGACCAAGAAUCUUCACAACAGAAGAAGGAGAAUGAUGUAAGGAUCACAACUUUUGAAACUGUUUUAUCAGACGAAAUGAUUGUUAGUGAUCAAAAGCUGAUGCCGGACUCUGAUCGUUCGGUUAUUGAAGAUUCGAACUUGCUCAGAUCAUCACAAAGCUGCGAAAAUUCAAUCUCUGAUGAUGAGAGUCUGAUAGAGAUUGCUUUACCUGAAGGCCGCUACAUUGGUUCUGAAAAGGCAAGUGCAGAUUUUGAACAUGAACUGCUCGAUUACUUGCCCAAGUCCUUGUUUCUGCAACAUGGAUUGAUGGAGCUUCUUUUGGAGAUCAAUGAGGAAGACAAUAUGAUUGAGAUCGACGUCGCCAUGGGCAACAUCAAAUGCUCAAGCUUUGAGAUCGAGGCUUGAGCUUGUCGUGCAGAGUUCUGCUGUAGUUUUUAAGCGGUAAAGAUCUGUUCUUUUGUUGCAGGCUUCUUUCUUUCCAGGAUUUUUUAGCUAAAAAUUGCCUCUUUUUUUUAUAUAUUUUGAUGCCAUGGUUCGU